GCAGCAGUCUCGCGGCAACUGGCUGAAGCGACUCAGCGACAGAGAGUAGCUCAUCAUCUGAGACAGCUAGACGGCUGAGAGAGCCACUCCGGGUGUCUGUGAGGUGGUCCAGCACAGCCUGAUUCAAACAGUUCACACAGAACAGUGCAGCAGGAGGAUGGCGGUGAAUGUCUACUCCACCUCUAUGAACGUAGAGAACCUCAGUCGGCAUGACAUGCUGGCGUGGGUGAACGACUCGCUGCAGCUCACCUACACAAAGAUCGAGCAGCUCUGUUCAGGCACUGCUUACUGCCAGUUCAUGGACAUGCUGUUUCCAGGCUGCAUAAUGUUGAAGAAAGUCAAAUUCAACUCCAAAUUGGAACACGAAUACAUCCACAAUUUCAAGGUUUUACAGGCUGCGUUCAAGAGAAUGAAUGUGGACAAGAUCAUCCCGGUGGAGAAGUUGGUGAAGGGCAAAUUCCAGGACAACUUUGAGUUCCUCCAGUGGUUCAAGAGGUUUUUCGACGCCAACUACGACGGCAAAGAAUACGACCCCGUCCUCACGCGGCAGGGUCAGGAGGGAUCGGCGCAUCCACCCAGCAUAGGUGAUCCCAUUCAUCACAAACCCAAAAGACCCUCUCGUUCAGCCUCCAUGAGAACGUCGCCAACGACACCCAAGAGCGUCCCCACACCGCAGAGGCCGGCCAACGUACCGGCGGCCCGCAGGAACCCUCCCGUGACCCGCAACGGAGGAGACGCCGACCUCAUGGAGCUCCACCAGCAGGUGCUGGAACUGAAGCAGUCUGUGGACGGACUGGAGAAGGAGAGGGACUUUUACUUUGGAAAGCUGCGGGACAUCGAGCUCAUCUGUCAAGAAAACGAAAGCGAGAGCAGCCCCCUCCUGAGCAAAAUCCUAGACGUACUGUACGCGACAGAGGACGGAUUUGCGCCGCCAGAGGAUGAGGAGAUCGUCGAGGGAGCAGGACCAGGUGCGGACCAGGACGAGUUCUGAACUCUUUUCCUCAUCAUCACAAAUCAUCAGCUUGUCCCACUCUCAUCUCUCACCCCUUUAACCAAACCUCAUCAUUAUUCUCAUCUGUCCUUUUUAUUUUCAUUUACCCGCCCCUACUCAUACGUCGUCUUAACUCUUUGUUUUUGUAAAGCCUAGCUUCCCAAACUCGCCCUUGCAAACAAAAGGACACUAAACCUGGACUUGUCUGGCCUAAAGGACUUGUCUCACUCGACUUACUCUUAACAGAGAGGGGGGAGAACGCGGCACUACGGGGGGGGGGGGCUACUUUAAGUCUUAUAAAGGUUCAACAUGAACGGUAAUGAGAUUACAGGGUUUUCAGUGCUGACAGUCGGAGCCGAUAGUUGCUAUAAUGAUGUAUCGAAAACUUGCAGGAGGUCACUUUCUGUCACUGUGCACUCUGACCGGUGACACACACACACACACACACACACACACACACACACACACACACACACAC